GAGUCACAGGCAGCCGUAGGGGAGAAACAGAAGAUGGCCGCCAGACAGGGGGGGUAAAAAAAUCCAAAACACCACACCCAGUGUCGGAAGUUAAACACUGGGCGAGUGCUCCCUAGAAUGACAUCCGACUCCCCAGAAGAAGCGGGGACCGGCGGUGUACCGCUAAAAGGGCUCCCCUGAAUCGGAACUGUCCGAAAAGGUUCCGUGCGAGCAGCUGCGGGGAACCACGUGAGGCCGGGGAGCGUUUCCGGUGCGGGCAGUCGCAGCCGGCGGUAAAGCCUUGUCAUCUGAAGGGGACCAUGGCCAACAGUGAGCGCACCUUCAUUGCCAUCAAGCCUGAUGGGGUCCAGCGGGGGCUGGUGGGCGAGAUCAUCAAGCGGUUCGAGCAGAAGGGGUUCCGCCUUGUUGGUCUGAAGUUUCUGCAGGCUUCAGAGGACCUUCUCAAGGAGCACUACACUGACCUGAAGGACCGCCCCUUCUUUACUGGCCUGGUGAAAUACAUGCACUCAGGACCAGUGGUUGCUAUGGUUUUCUACCGAGAGAGGGUUUCUCCCUUGACUGUAUCUUCUGCUGUCCUUGGAGGUCUGGGAGGGUCUGAAUGUGGUGAAGACAGGCCGCGUGAUGCUUGGAGAGACCAACCCCGCAGACUCUAAGCCUGGGACCAUACGAGGAGACUUCUGCAUCCAAGUUGGCAGGAACAUCAUUCAUGGCAGCGAUUCUGUAAAGAGCGCAGAGAAGGAGAUCAGCUUGUGGUUUCAGCCUGAGGAGCUGGUGGAGUACAAGAGCUGUGCGCAGAACUGGAUCUAUGAGUGACAGGACGGUGCUGGUUUUCUACCUGCUUACUCUUGUUCUCACAGGCAGGGGACCAGCAACCCUAGAUAUUUCUGGAACUUCUUUGACCUGGAAGGAACCUUUGGGAGCUGUGACUCCCUGUGCAGUGUUACGUGCCACUGUUAGAUUAAAGUGUUUAAUCUGUACUUUGUAUUGCUGUACAGCUCUGCAUUCCUUACCUCCUUCAGGCUUCUGGAUAAUCUGAGUGGACAGAAUGUAAAUGUUUUACAAAUUACUUAUAUUGGCCUCAUGUGCACACAGAGAUUCUUUUCAUUUGUGGUUUGAGCCACCACCCUGAGACACAAGGGCAUUUCUUUGUCUAUCUCCCUUCCUAUCACCUGUGUUCUGUUCUCUCCUGGCACAGUCAGACAACAAUUUGUGUGGAGGAUGUGUGAGGUUGUGAAAACUGUUCUGGGAACAGAGAAUUCAUUAGAAAUAAAGAUGCCAAGCCAA